UGCAUAAAAGUUUUAAAUUAAACUCAGACUUGACAGCUAAAAUUUUAAUAGCUAACAAACAGCGUAGACUAGUAAAAUUAUAAUACACAUAAUAUGAGCCUAGAUCAACAACAGAGUGCCGCGCCUAAUCCCCGCAAUCCACACGGACUUGGUGAUCCAAAUGACACAACGCUGCGCAAGGUAGAGCGUGAAGUGCUAAUACCCAAGAUCAUGCGAGAUAGAGCACGCGCCGAACUCUGCACCAAGGAAGUAGCCGAUUUUGAGGAAUGCUGCAAAGCGAGCAGCGUCUUCAUGGUGGCCACAUGUCGCAAACAGAAUUCAGCGCUUAUGGAUUGCCUGUCGCGUUGGUAUCAGAAUGAAGCCUUCAAGGAGGAAUGCCGCGUUAUCUAUUUAAAAGAGCGUUCCGAAUAUCGCAGCACCGGAAUACCGAAAAAGCAUCGCGUGGAGAAGAUUUAGUGUAUUAUUAUUGUUUUUGUUUACUUUGCACAAAAGAUGUGUAGUUAAAGCGA